GCAGGUUGAUACACACAAAGACAGUUCCUGGUGCAGAAGCUCUUUUGGAGAACUUUGAGCAUUUCUCUCCUACAGCACAGUCUACUACACAGAGGAAAGAUGACUACACCAGCUAGCAGUCUCCUGAUUGGCCUGAUGUGUCAGGUAACCUGCACGUGGGCCUUCGCUCGCCUGCCCGAGGAUGCAGAACUGCGUUCUGCCUUUUCAGUGGCACGCACCAGCAGCAUGGAGGGUGGACCAAAGAUGGUGGUGACCUUUGACAAGGAGUAUGUUAACAUCGGUGGGGACUUUGAUCCAAAGGCAGGCAUGUUCCGCUGCCGCAUCCCCGGAGCAUACUACUUCUCCUUCACAGUGGGGAAGUUCCCCAGUCGUGACCUGUCAGUCAUGCUAAUGAAGAACAGGAAUGAAGUGCAGGCCAUUGUGUAUGAUGAGAAUGCGGGAGAGGAGCGUAAGGUGCAGAGCCAAAGCGCCAUGCUGCAGCUGGACUUUGGUGACACAGUCUGGCUCCGGCUUCACGGUGAUCCCCGCUAUGCCAUCUACAGCAACACAGGUCACUACACCACCUUUAGCGGCUACCUAAUCUACCCUGACACCUACACCUUCCAAGACCGCAAGCACGAGGACCCAACUCCCAUGUAUGGAAAUGAAGCGAAUGCCAAUGACCACACCCUAACAGACCAGGAUGGGCUGGGAGAAAGGGACAACGUAGAGAAGAGAGAGGAGGUAGAGGAUAAAGAGGAGGACCAGAGGUCAGCCUUCUCCGUUGGCCGCACUCAGAGCAUCGUAGGGGUGGACCAGGGCUUCACAGAGCACCGUCCUAUCUCCUUUGACACAGACUUUGUCAACAUUGGCGCUGACUUUAAUGUCACCGAAGGUGUAUUCACCUGCCGUAUUCCAGGAGCCUACUUCUUCUCCUUCAAUGCUGGCAAGCUUCCCCACAAAACCCUGUCAAUCAAGCUGAUGAAGAACCACCUGGAGGUGCAGGCCAUGAUCUACGAUGACAGUGACACUGAGAAGGCUCUGCAGAGCCAAAGUCUGAUGCUGUCUCUGCGCCGUGGUGAUAUCGUCUGGCUUUAUAGCCACCAGCGCGAUGGCUUUGGAGCAUACAGCAACCAUGCCAAGUAUAUAACAUUCACUGGCUUCCUGGUCUAUCCAGAAAUACAAAAACUAGCCACCAAUCAGCAGUAACAGCAGAGCCGGAAGCCAUAAGGGACAGUGUCAAGAACACAGUUGGCUGUGGACCUACUACACUCAAUUAUUCUAUGUCCAGCUAAUUCUUUCAAUGGGUUUACUUUGUCAAACUUCAACUUGCAGUCUUGAAUUAAUGAAGAUGUUACUACGUGCUAGUAUUUUUGCUAUUUUCAGGAUAUGAUGUCUUAGUUAAUACUUAUCUGGAUUUUUUAACAUACCUUUAUCAAUGUCUUGAAAGGCAUUGUCAAAUAAUGGGGACACUUGUUUUGUGCCAAAUUUAGUAUUUUUCCUUAAUUUUAGAGUGAGUUUCUGAUAAGGCCAGUGUCAGAUCACAAUGAAAUAAAAUGGCAUUUUGAACCAAAAAGCAUGACCAACACUUAGAAUAAAUGUCCUCUUACAGUGCAGGGCUGUCCAUUGGACCAAUACAGACACCAUACGCAUCCUUGUUGUAGCUUGAAAUCUGCUAGUUUUGGACCUCGGGGCACCAGGCUCAUAAUUUGAUUUCUAACUUAGCAGAGUUUAAUUUAUUUCCUCAGCUGGUGACCGCUGUGGAGAAAAUGGAAUUGUCUAUAUCAUCCCUUAUGAUAAUCGUGCCGGUUUAAUUCACACACCCCGAGAGAGAAAAAUGCUGUUAAAAUUGUGCCAGACUUCAGCAAAUUACAGUCUGUUUGAGAGGUCAUUUAAACAACAUAUAAAAAAUAGCAUAUAGUCCAAUUAUAAUGUUAAUUUUACUCACCAGCAAAUACUGUAUUUUGAUUCUCCACGUCACACCCUGAUCUGUUUCACCUGUUUUAUGCUUGUCUCCAUCCCCCCACCAGGUCUCUCCCAUUUGUCCCCAUUAUCCCCUGUGUAUUUAUACAAGUGUUCUCUGUUUGUCUGUUGCCAGUUAGUCUUGUCAGCGUGUUUUUUCCCUGUUUGAGUCGCUGUUUUCUAGUCUUCCCGGUUCUGACUGCUCUGACCCUGCCUGCCGUUCUGUACCUCAUUGACUCUGCCCUGGAUUACUGACCUCUACCUGCCCCCUUGUAUAAUAAAUUUUAUGAGAACUGUA